CUAUUAAAACAACAGAUGGUUGACCUAAUUGAUGCAUCCAGGGCAGGCAGCAGAACAGCGAUUUCCCCCCAUCCUUUCAAACACAAACCAAAGUGUUAUCUAGAAAGAUAGUGCUGUUAUUGUUUUAAUACUGUUUGCUCAUGGGAUGGGUGUUGAUAAAAUAAGCUGGGAGCUAUUUGGAGAGCUGCAGACCGCCUCUUGGAGAUAAGUGACAUGCCUCGCUUGGAUGUGGCUUGAUGCACAGAGAGGCCUCCUCCCAUUGGCAGGGAAUGCCUGAAGAAAGCAAAGCAACUGCCCCUUAAUUUAAGGAGGCAGUGGAGUAAAGUUUUACUGCUUCACAAAGGUCCUAGAAGACAUGGUGGCAACAAAAGUCCGGGAACAGAGAGGCAGCAGGUGAAAUUACUACUAACGCAGCUGCUUCCUUGACCACUGAAAGAGGGAAAGAGAUGGGAGACUCAGGCAAAGAAGACUAUAAGAUACACUCAUUUGAUACAGAGAUUCAGCACUUGCUGAAGACAGCUCUCAAAGACCCCAACAGUGUGGAUUUGGAGAAGGUGGCCAAUGUCAUUGUGGACCAGUCCCUCAAAGACUGUGUGUUCAGUAAAGAAGCAGGGCGUAUCUGCUACACCAUCAUCCAGGCAGAAAGCAAGCAGGUGGGCCAGAGUGUCUUUCGGCGGGGCCUCCUCAACCGCCUUCAGCAGGAGUAUAAGGACCGUGAUGAGUUGCGAGCUCGUUCUCUCCAGGCUUGGAUUGGCUACGUCACCUUCAUCUGUAGCAUCUUUGAUUAUCUGAGAGUCAACAACAUGCCCAUGAUGGCAUUGGUGAAUCCAGUUUAUGAUUGCCUGUUUCAGCUGGCACAACCUGAUAGCAUGCGAAAAGAGGAAGAGGUGGACUGCCUGGUACUGCAACUACACCGCAUUGGGGAACAGCUGGAGAAGAUGAACUCUCAGCGGAUGGAUGAACUCUUUUCUCUCCUGCGUGAUGGCUUCCUUCUGCAGGAGGGCCUCAGCUCCCUCUCCCAGUUGCUGCUGCUGGAGAUCAUUGAGUUCCGGGCUGCUGACUGGAAAAUGACAGAUGCAGCCCAGAAGUACUAUUACAGUGAGGUUACCGACUGAACCGUUAACCAUCAACUCACAGGGAGAGUUUGCGUUUCCACUGACCUAUUUUCACCAGCAACUUCCAUUCAAAGGAAAACAAAAGCUGCAAUUAUUUUCAAUGCUUUUUUUCCUAGCACUUUUUGUAUAUAGAAUGUAUAACAGGUUCCCUCAAUAGCUCUUUUGCGCUGGUAGCUGCCAGCUGAAACCAAGGAGGUAGGCGGGCAGUUGCAUUUAGUGGGGAGAAGGUAUCUUUUCAGAACUGUUGCUCCUAAUGUGUUGCACUAAAUAGGGACCUGUUCUAAUCAUCACUGCAAGGUAGACUGACAUUGUGAACUGGGUUGUACUUUCCUUACUUG